AUGUACAUACAUAUCCCUCUCUUCUUGCCUAAGUCUUUCAACCAUUUUCUAAAAACUGUUGGUCUUCUUUCUUUUUGUUUGAGAAACAUUUUCAUUCUCUCUCUCUCUCUCUCUCUCUCUCUCUCUGCUCUUUGUCUUUUUUUCACUUUUUUCUUUUUUUUAAUUUUCUCUUUUAAUGAUUCUUUGUUUCUAUUUGUCUUCUUCUACUUCCUUUCUCUCUUACUCUCUCUCUCUUUCACAUUAGUCUUGUAUCUUUCAUUAUCCUUCUGUCACUCUCUUUCUUAUUCUUUACUCUUUCUUUCACAGAAUUACACCCUAUCUCUCUUUUGCUGUUUUUAUCAUUCAGUUUGUUUCCCCCAGUUUUUUUCUAUCCAUUGGAACCGACCCCCUAUCAGUCUCUCUCCAUCCCUCCAUCCCUGUAGCCAUGAUUUCCCUCUUUCUCAUUUCUACAUUAUCUCAAUGAUCAUUUUCAUUCAGCAUUUCAUUCUCUCAUUGUGGCUCUACCUUACACUUCUCCUUUCCCCAAUCAUUAUAUUUGUAUUUCUUUGCCUCUCUACCUAA